AUGGAUUUCAGGGAAAUUCUCCUGAUAGCUUCCAAAGGACAAGGUGUCAACAACGUGCCGAAAAGGUAUAGUUUGGCAGUGGGGCCUCCCAAAAAAGACCCAAAAGUCAAGGGUGUCCAAUCUGCAGCUGUUCAGGCUUUUCUCAGACGAAAAGAAGAGGAGCUCCGGCAAAAAGCUUUAGAGGAGAAAAGGAGAAAAGAAGAACUAGUGAAAAAGCGAAUUGAGCUAAAACAUGAUAAGAAGGCAAGAGCUAUGGCCAAGAGGACAAAGGAUAAUUUCCAUGGUUACAACGGGAUUCCCGUUGAGGAAAAGUCAAAGAAGAGGCAGGUGAUGGAAAGCCACACUAGCCAGGGAACAGAACAAGAGUAUGGGAUGGAAGAAGAUGAUGAAUUCUUAGAGUACAAUCAAGCAGAGUCAGAGCAGGAGUAUGAGGAGGAGCAAGAACCUCCCAAAGUUGAAAGCAAACCAAAGGUCCCCCUUAAAAGUGCCCCGCCACUCAUGAACUUCACUGAUCUACUCAGGCUGGCCGAGAAAAAGCAGUAUGAACCAGUGGAGAUCAAAGUAGUGAAGAAAACAGAAGAGCGGCCUAUGACUGCAGAAGAACUUAGGGAGCGAGAAUUCCUUGAACGGAAACAGAGGAAAAAGAGAGCUGAGACAGAUGCAAGACUACCUCCAGCCAAAAAGGCACCUUCUCAGAAAGAAAGUGUGGGCACAAAACUUGGCAAACACCCUUCCUCCAGGGGUACACCCCUCCCUCAUGCUGAGAAGAAAUCCAGACCCAGUACAGCCAAUGAAAAACACUUAAGUGUGUCUUCAUCCAAAUCCAUGCCAGGAGAGAGGACCAAAGCAGGAUCUGGCAAUUGCUCCCAGCCCUUAUUUCGAGAGGGCCAUGACAGACCUGUUUUCAAUGGGGCUGGAAAGCCCCACUCCAGCACCUAUUCACCAAGUGUCCCAAAGACUUCUGCUAAAGGGCCUCAGAAAUCUGCUACUGAGCACAAAGCCAAAAAAUCUCCUCCCCAUCCUAGCCAUUCCAGGCCUGGGCCUGUGGUUACCCCACACAAUAAAGCCAAGAGUCCAGGUGUCGUCAGGCAGCCAGGCAGCAGCUCCAGCUCAGCUCCCGGGCGGCCCAGCACAGGGACUGCUCGGCCCACAGUUAGUUCUGGCCCCAUGCCCAGGCGCCAGAAUGGCAGCCCCAGCUCAGGACCUGAGCGAUCAGUCAGUGGGACCAAGAGGCCAGCCAGUGACUUAAAUCUCUCUGGACGGACACUCAGUGGUACAAGUGGCCCUGGGCAUCCUGCAAAUAGCUCAAGUGGACCUGGACGACCCACCACUGGCUCAGGUGAUUCUAGGAAGUCUUUGGGCAGCUCUGGUGGCCCUGGGCGGCCUGUGAGCAGUCCGCAUGACCUCCGACGACCAGUGAGUGGCUCUGGCCCCCCUGGGCGGCCAGUCAGUGGCCCUGGGCGGCCAGUCAAUGGCCCUGGGCGGCCAGUCAGUGGCCCUGGGCGGCCAGUCAGUGGCUCAGUUCCAGCCGGACGGACGGUCAGUAGUUCAGGCCCUGGAAGACCAGUGAGCAGCUUGGGACCUGGGCGAACAGUUAGUAGCUCCGGUCUCCCCCUAAAACCCAAGUGUACCGUUGUCUCAGAAACAAUUUCUUCCAAGAAUAUAAUUAGCCGAUCCAGCAAUGGACAGAUGAAUGGAAUGAAGGCUUCCUUAUCUGGCUACAGAUCUGCCCAAGGUCCUCAAAGGCUUCCCUUCCCUAGUGGUUACAAAAGGCAACGAGAAUAUGAAGAGGAGGAAGAUGAUGAUGAAUAUGACUCUGAAAUGGAAGAUUUUAUCGAAGAUGAAGGAGAACCUCAGGAAGAAAUAUCCAAGCACAUUCGAGAAAUCUUUGGCUAUGACCGAAAAAAAUACAAAGAUGAAAGUGAUUAUGCCUUACGUUACAUGGAGAGUAGUUGGAAAGAGCAGCAGAAGGAAGAAGCAAAGAGUUUAAGACUAGGUAUGCAGGAGGACUUAGAGGAAAUGAGACGUGAAGAAGAAGAAAUGAAGCGUCGAAAGGCUAAGAAGCUGAAGAAGCGUUAG